AUGUAUCAAGAGACUGAUCGACCGCAAAUUCAUUACAGCCCAAGCGCUGGCUUCAUGAAUGACCCAAAUGGUCUAUUCGUCGACGAUGAUGGUCUCUUCCAUCUCUACUUUCAGUACAACCCAAAUCAAACAGUCGCUGGCAAUCAACAUUGGGGUCACGCGACGUCCAAGGACGGAUAUGCAUGGGACAAUCAUCCCAUCGCACUUGCGCCGGAAAAGGCAGGCGAGGGCAUCUUCUCUGGCUCUAUCGUGGUCGACCGCAACAACACGUCCGGCUUCUUUGGAGACGACGUCAAGCCCGGCGACAGGGUGAUUGCCAUCUACACCCUCAACACCGAAGACAACCAGACGCAGGACAUUGCUUACAGCAAGGACGGUGGAUACACUUUUACCAAAUACGAGAGGAAUCCGGUGAUUGAUCUCAAGACGACCCAAUUCAGAGACCCAAAGGUAUUUUGGGACGAGCAAAAUAGUCACUGGGUCAUGGCUGUGGCUCAUCCUCAGUCCUACGAAGUCGGCUUUUACACCAGCUCCGACCUCAAGUCAUGGCAGGAGACUUCGCGCUUCUCGGGCGGACUUUGGGGAUACCAGUUUGAGUGCCCAGGCUUAGUGCAAAUUCCUAUUGUGGGCGGACCCAGAAAUGGCGAGAAGAUGUGGACGCUUCUAGUCUCCAUCAAUCCCGGAGCUCCUCUCGGCGGCAGCGUCCAGCAGUACUUCUUCGGAGACUUUUCCAACGGCAAAUUCACCGCAAACGACACUGCCGUUCGCUUUGCGGACUUUGGAAAGGACUUCUACGCCGCCCAGACCUACUUUAACGCUCCUCAAGGCCAGGCGAUCAUCCAGGGCUGGGCUAGCAACUGGCAGUACACCCAAGUGGCGCCCACUGCACGUGGUGACAGCGGCUGGCGGAGCGCGCAGAGUCUGCCGAGAACUAUGACUGCUAGGUGGACUCAAUACAAUCCCAUGUACAACGGAUACCAGCUCUCGAUGGAGCCUCUGCCAUUCGGCACAUUGGCUGGAGCUGAGCUUGCGCGACCGGCCAAAUCCAACACCACCGUUCAAUUGAAGGGUGAUGGUGCUUUCGAUGUGCGUGCAACCUUUGCUGUGCCGGCAGACGCCAAGAACGCCGAGACCGCGCGACUGCGAGUCAAGACGCGCGGAGGGGAUUUCCUCGACAUUGGAGCCCUCGUCAAGCCUGGGGACCCAGCAACCAUCUACACAGAUCGGCGCAAGGCCGGUGUGACGUUCGCGGACACCAAUUCGUUCUUCACGGACAGAGCUAGCGUUGCAGUCAUGCCUUUGAGGCGUGACCCAGCAGACGCCAAGAGUGAUCAGCUCAUCGACCUCCACGUCGUCGUCGACCGCACUUUGACAGAGGUAUUUGCCCAGAAUGGCACCGUCAGCGCAUCAACGUUGACGUAUUGGGACAACAACGAGGUCCCUAGCAGCUUGCAAGUUGGACUGAGUAGCAAGGACAUCACGUUGGAGUCCCUUAGCGUCAAGCCCAUCGCUUCCACAUGGAAGCACUGCGCGAGCUACUGA